ACCUUCAGGUCAUUGAGAUGUAUAAGGUGGACAUGUUGAAAGCAUUGACCACAGUCGCUCUGCUGACUGUCGCUUCGGUCCUGGACGCUGCUCCGAUGAUGCCUGGAGACCCAGAUGCUGUUGAUGGAGAUCCAAGGAGAACCGGCGUGGAUGAAAUGAAUCCGGCACGAGCGAAGCUACUGAGGACCCGACCAAUGACGACAUUUCCCGAUGGAGAUGGAAAGACUGUAGCAAUGAGAGCAUUAGACGAAAUAAUCACAGCGACGAGUAGCCCAAAUGCCAGAGACAAAACCUUAGACACAGGUCUCAAUAAUCUGUUAAAGACCCUAACUCUCCUUUCUGAUGGACACGAGGAGAUCCAGCCGAGGACAGACCGCACAACCAGUUCUCCUGAUUCCCAGAGGAUAACGGAGAAGAACAGACUGUCAGAAGUGACUGGUUCAGACAAACAAUCCCGGUCUGAUCCCGUCACAGGUGAUCCGGAUGCUCGAGAGGAGCUGGUGAAGAUGCUGAGUGCACUCGAGGAGCUUCACAAGUUAGUGAACAGCACACUGAGCCAUCGAAUCACCAUCAUAACCAGAGGAAAUAGCAAUGGGCGAGCUACCGGGAAAAAGAACAAAAUGGUAGUGACAGAUGGGAACCUGAAAUCCACCACAGCGACCACUAUAGACGGCGGUGGGAUUUCACCCAAGGCUAGCACUGACCACAUGGAUCCCAAACUCAACGGAAAAGCCUUUAAAAAGUCUCUUCCAUCGGCUAAGAAAACCAACAAAAGAGUGUGCUUCUGGAAGUACUGCUCUCAGAACUGAGCUUCACCCUCAUUU